UUAUUGUACACAUUACAACACAAUGAAACAUUAUAAUAAACUUAACAGGUGCAUUUAGUGUGUAAAUAUAGUCUACACAACAGCGACACCUUAACACACACAAGCAUUCAUCCUGUACACAGCAAAAAAAUGGUUCUAGGUUUGAUAGUAGAUUUUUGAGUUAAGCUGAAGCAUAAUCUAGAGCCCUCAGAGCUGCUGACGUCAGCAAGGACAGUGUUGUCAGACUCCCAAAUUGAAUUGAGUUAAAAUGAGGCAAAAUAUUAGAGCGUUGUUUGUUUUGUUUUUUCACUUUCCAAUUCGAAUUGUGUAUCCCUCUACUCUUUAUGCUUUUGAAACAAGCAUAGAUGUCAUCAAACAAAUCCACAGAAAGUUUGGAGUACUAACUUUCCCACCUCCUUUGUGAAAGGAGGUACAAGAGCUACUAUAUCUGUAUCUGUUUAUGUUUUACAGGUACUAAUUACACCAUGAUUGAAAGAGAGAAGAACUGGUGUCAGGCUCUGCAAUACUGCAGAAAUGACAACACUGACUUGGUCAGCAUCGCAAAUGAAACACAAAAUGAGGCAGUGAUUGAAAUGGGAAGAAACAAAAGCUUUUGGAUUGGACUCAUGCAUGAUGAAUGGGAGUGGGUGGACAAAAGCUGCUCUUCAUUCAGAAAAUGGACUGAAAAACAGCCGAAAGAUAUGGCAGAAUGCACAUUUUAUGAUGGAUACAGUGUGAAUAUUACGUUGUCGAGUUCUGAAUGUAAUGGGCAAACCCGGAAUUCCCUUUGCUCCCAAGGUAAGGUGAGAAUCAAAGUCAUUAAACAACGUUUGAAUUGGGAAGAGGCCUAUGACUAUUGCAAAGCUCACCACACAGGCCUGCUGUGGAUUCAGGAUUCAAAAGAUGAGAAGGCUGUCCAACAGUGGCUAAAUCACACUGAUGUUACUGGUCCAUUCUGGAUUGGUCUGAGGCAGAGUCAAGUUUUUGGAUUCUGGAUUUGGACGAGUGACAGGAUAGUGACCAACAACAACUGGGAGAACGGCACACAACCUGAGCUUCCCUUGUCUAACCACUGUGGUGUCAUCAAAAACAACUUCAAGUGGAGUGAUGAAAACUGUUUAUUUCAGCUACCUUUUCUUUGUGAGGAGGAAAUUGUAUACAUGAAUAAAUAGUUUACGGUUAAAAAGGUUUGUUGAUAGAUUAGAUCUUAAUCAUGGAGAUAGAACCCUUGGUAUUUUCCUUUACUGCUCAGAACAGCUCCUAAUGGAUGUUUUUCUAUAAUUCAGUUGGUACAAAAUAAUCACACAUUUCUGAUUUUUUUAAUAUAUAUUUGGAAGUGUUUUUAUACUAUAUUAUUAUAUUCUGAAGAGAAGUUAAUUAUAUGUGUGUACUUAAUACUUAGUACUUAAUAUGUGUGUACUUAAUUUAAAUAUAUAUCUAUAUCUAUCUAUAUCUAUAUCUAUCUAUCUAUAUAUAGAUGACUUGUAAAUAAUGAUUCACAACAAAAAUGUGGUAGAAAUGAAUGAAUUUAUUUCAUGCUUAUAAUGACUGUAUUUUAAAAACUUACUUAAAUCAAUCCAAUCACUAUUUUCAGACUGAUAUAGGUUUGUAUAUCUGUUUGUAAGCAACCCCACUUGGGCCCCUGUUCUACCAGUAAUAAUUUAAAUAUAUAUUCUAUUUUUGUAUUCACAUUUACUCAGACCAACUCCAAAUAUUUUAUACUCUAUAGAAGAUUUGCUUUUUAAGUUUAAGUUGUAAAUGUGGUAUGAUGUGGAGCAGCACAUACAUAGAAGAUCUCACAGAAGAUGUCAGUUAAUGUUUGCUGUAUGCCUUAUGUUUCACUUUCAUGAGUUUUGUUUUGUGUAACUUCUGGGUAAAUUCAUUUCUAGAUAAUUUUGUUG